AUCCAAUGAAAGGUCCUUCACUGAUGGACUCUCUCUUCCAGCGCUCCAUCGACGACCUAAUCAAGUCCCUCCGCCUCACCCCGCCGGGCACCGAGCCCGCCUUCAUCGCCAAAUCCAUCGAAGAGAUCCGCCGCGAGAUCAAAUCCACCGACCCGCACACCAAAUCCUCCGCCCUCCAGAAACUCACCUACCUCCACUCCCUCCACGGCCUCGACAUGUCGUGGGCCGCCUUCCACUCCGUCGAGCUCUCCUCCUCCUCCGCCCACUCCCACAAGCGCACGGCCUACCUCUCCGCCGCCCUCUCCUUCAACCCCGCCACCACCGACGUCAUCCUCCUCCUCACUCACCAGCUGCGCAAGGAUCUCUCCUCGCCGAACGUCCACGAUGUGAGUCUCGCCCUCUCCACUCUCUCCUCCAUUUGUAACCCCGAUUUAGCGCGUGAUUUGACGCCCGACCUGUUUACUCUGCUUAGUAGUAGUAAAAUUACUGUGAGAAAGAAGGCGAUCGCCACGGUUUUGGGGGUUUUCGAACAUUAUCCUGAUGCGGUGCGUGUUUGUUUCAAGAGAGUUGUAGAAAAUAUAGAGAAUUCGGAUUUGGGGAUUUUGUCCGCGGUUGUAGGGUUGUUUUGUGAGCUCACCGAAAAUGAGCCUAGGUCAUAUUUGCCAUUGGCGCCUGAAUUUUACAAGAUUUUGGUGGACUGCAAGAAUAAUUGGAUUCUGAUCAAAGUGCUUAAAAUAUUUGCGAAAUUGGCUCCUCUGGAGCCGAGGUUGGGUAAGCGAGUGGUGGAGCCUAUCUGUGAGAUCAUGAGGACGAUGGGAGCAAAGUCGCUGGUGUUUGAGUGUGUGAGGACGAUAUUGACUAGUUUGAGUGAGCAUGAUUCGGCGGUGAAGCUAGCAGUGGGCAAGGUGCGGGAGUUUCUUUUAGAAGAUGAUCCAAAUCUUAAGUAUCUAGGCUUGCAAGCGCUUGCUAUUGUUGCACAGAAUAAUAUUUCGGCAGUAGUUGAGAACAAGGAUUUAGUGGUUAAAGCCUUGAGUGAUUCUGAUGUAAAUAUUAGGCUUGAGGCCUUGAGGCUUGUCAUGUGUAUCGUCUCUGAGGAUAAUGUGAUGGAAAUUUGUAGGAUCUUGAUCAGCCAUUCUCUGAAAUCUGACCCGGAGUUCUGUAAUGAGAUCUUGGGAUUCAUCUUAUUGACUUGUGGUAGGAAUUAUUAUGAAGUGAUUUUUGACUUCGAUUGGUAUGUGUUGUUUCUUGGGGAAAUGGCAAGGUUGCCACAUUGUCAAAAGGGGGAUGAAAUUGCAACCCAACUUAUUGAUAUUGGCAUCAGGGUUAAAGAUGCUAGAUCUCAGCUUGUUCACGUUACUCGUGACCUGGUGAUUGAUCCUGCAUUACUUGGCAAUCCUUUUAUGCAUGCAGUGCUUGCUGCUGCUGCCUGGGUUUCAGGAGAGUACAUUAAGCUUUCAAGAAACCCUUUUGAGAUCAUGGAAGCACUGUUACAGCCACGGACUAGUCUCCUUAGUCCAUCCGUGCGAGCUGUCUAUAUACACUCCGCAUUUAAGGUGUUGAUGUUCUGUAUGUACUCGUAUCUCAGGUUGAACGGAGAUGAUUCUUCAAUUCCCUCCACAUUGAUAGAUUCAGAAUUAGUAUCUGAUGUUGAAUUGGAUGAUCGAAAUAUGAUUGUUACCAAUGGCCAGCCAUCAUCAGCUUCGUCAGUAAUGGAUCAUCUUACUCAAGAAUCCAUCUUGGCUCUAGUCAAUCUUGCUGAAAUUAAUUUGGGACCUUUAGCUGGAAGUAAUGAAGUAGAAGUGCUGGAGAGAUCGACCAAUGUCCUUGGAUUGAUUAAAUUGAUAAAACCAAUGCUUCUUGGUUCCCUCGGCGAUGAUGAAGGAGACCAAACUAAGGGAGAACUGAAAGCUUCUGAAACAGUAAAGCUGAUUUUUGAUUCAUGUUCAGAAGAUCUUGGUCCGGUCUCAGUUAAUGCACAAGAGAGGGUACUGAUACCCGAUGGGUUGGUGCUCAAGGAAAAUCUUGAUGAUUUGGAAGAAAUCUGUGGUGAUGUUAAAUUGCCAUUAUUAACUUCAUUUUCCCUCGUCAGACCUCAAUACACGGAAGCCUCUAGUAAUGCGGAUUCCCAGGCGAAGGAAGAGUCCGAACCAUCUUCUGAAUCAACAUCGUUACUUGCAGAGCAUAGGAAGAGGCACGGUUUGUAUUACCUUGCUCCAGGAAAUACAAUGGUGACUCCCAAUGACUACCCGCCUGCUCAUGACCCCAAAGAUAAGGUUACCAAUGAGGCUGAAGAUCUUGUGAAGUUAACAGAGAGAUCGCUCAGCACUGGGAAAAAGCCUAGUCAAUCCAAGCCUAGGCCAGUGGUUGUGAAGUUUGAUGAUGGGGAAGUAACUAAUGUCACGACAGAUAGAACUGUGAUUAAGGCAGAUCUAAUAUCGGGUGCUGUCAAUAAAGUGCUUCUAGGCGAUGAAGCCACAACUUCAUCGUCAUCAAGAAGAAAACCACCGAAAUCAAGAAGGGUGACUGAUGAGUCAAGUGCUGGCAUAGCUGAAAUUGAUCAAUCCGAGCACAGUAAAGCUGGUAGCAAACACCAUGGUCAUGGUAAAGAGAGGAAACGUCGAAGUCGCAAAGACAAUCAGAAAAGUGAUAGCGCGGGGCAUGGUAAGCACAGGUCGCGGCACAGAGCAGAUAAAGCAUUGGAAGCUCAAGCACCAGUCAUUCCUGAUUUUCUUUUAUAGCAAGGUCUUCCAUU